AUGUCUUCCACUGCUUUCAAGAUCGCGGCUGCGGCUGCUGCUGGUGCUGCUGUCGUGUCUGCCCACGGCCACACCUACGGUAUCAACGUUGCUGGUGUGUGGUAUGAUGGAUAUGACCCCACGGUCUACCCAUACGAGAGCGACCCGCCCACUGUCGUCGGAUGGACUGCCUCUGACACAGACAAUGGCUACGUUGCUCCGAGUGCCUAUGCCUCUGGCGAUAUCAUCUGCCAUGUGGACGCCACCCCCGCCGGUGGAUACGCCAGCGUCCAGGCUGGUGACGAGAUCGAGGUCUACUGGACAGCGUGGCCUUCCUCUCACCAUGGUCCUGUAAUUGAUUACCUUGCAAAUUGCAAUGGAGACUGUACGUCAGUUACAAAGACGGACCUGGAGUUUUUCAAGAUCGCCGCCGUCGGUCUGGUGGACGACUCCACCCUCCCCGGCACCUGGGGCUCCGACAACCUGAUCGCCAACAACAACUCGUGGGUCGUCAAGAUCCCCGAGGACCUUGCGACCGGCAACUACGUCUGGCGACACGAGAUUAUUGCCCUGCACUCGGCCGAGGAAUCUGACGGCGCCCAGAACUACCCCCAGUGCUUCAACCUGGCUGUCACCGGCACCGGCACCCUCGCCCCCACCGGAACUCUGGGUGAGGCCCUCUACUCCGAGAGCGACGCUGGUAUCCUCGUCGACAUCUACGAGACCCUCACCACCUACGACAUCCCAGGCCCCACCCAGAUCGCCGCCGGUACCAACCUGGUCCAGUCUGAGGUCUCCAUCACCGGCAGCUCCGCCGCCAUCACCACUGGCGUCUCAGACUCCGGCUCUGGCUCCUCUGCUGCCACUACCACUGCUGCUGCCGUUUCCUCGGCUGCGGCCACUUCUUCUGCCGCCGUUGCCGCUACCUCUUCUGUGGCUGCCACCUCCUCUGCUGCUGCUGUCGCUACCACUUCUGCGAGCGCCGUCGCUGUGGAGAGCGCCACCAGCUCCUCUGUUGCCGCCGCGGCCACGACGUCUUCUGCUGCUGCUGCUUCCAAGAGCUGCAAGAAGCGUCGCCACGCCCGUCAGCUCGCUCUGUAAAUGACGCCUGAUGGACAACCAAGAUGGUAUGCGAAAUGCACUGUACAUUUGUUUGAUUCUCGUGGCGGAAACCCAGGGCUAUGAAGGGAAGGUUGUUAGUCCGAGUGACUGUUAGAUACUGAGAGCGAAAGAUUCGAUUCAUUCUGUAUAUGAAUUCAC